AUGGGUAAAUCUUCCAAGGACAAGCGCGACGCUUACUACCGCCUCGCCAAGGAGCAGGGCUGGCGCGCACGCAGCGCUUUCAAGCUGUUGCAACUGGACGAGGAGUUUGACCUCUUCGCCAACGUCACCAGAGUCGUCGACCUAUGCGCCGCCCCCGGGAGUUGGUCGCAAGUCUUGUCUCGUGUGCUCAUCAAAGGGGAGAAGUUUGGCCGUUCAGCAUGGCAGGAUCGAGGGGCCAAGUUCCGCCAGGAGAUGCUUGGCGUCUUCCCUGCUACCCCUGAAUCCGGCGCGUCCGAGGCCAAAACCCAGGCAGAGGAGACCAAGGAAGAAGCCCAGCCCCGCAAGGACGUCAAGAUUGUGUCCAUCGACCUGCAGCCCAUCAGCCCUCUGCCUGGUAUCAUUACUCUGCGUGCCGACAUCACGCACCCGGCCACCGUGCCUCUACUCUUGAAGGCCCUCGACCCUGACUACGAUGCCAACUCCAAGAGCAAGCAAGCGACCGACCGCGUCGACCUGGUCAUCAGCGACGGCGCCCCCGAUGUUACCGGUCUUCACGACUUGGACAUCUACGUUCAGUCGCAGCUCCUCUUCGCCGCACUCAACCUCGCCCUCUGCGUCCUGAAGCCCGGCGGCAAGUUCGUCGCCAAGAUCUUCCGUGGCCGCAACGUCGAUCUCCUGUAUGCGCAGCUCAAGAUCUUCUUCGAGACCGUCAUCGUCGCCAAGCCUAGGUCAUCCCGCGCGAGCAGUGUCGAGGCUUUCAUUGUGUGCAUCAACUUCCAGCCCCCUGCAGGAUUCCAGGCCAGCCUCGAGAAUCCGCUGGGCGUGGGACACAAACUGCCCGAGAUGGUCGAGGAGCGGAGGAGUCAGCUGCCCGCCAUCGCCGACGCGCUGAUGCAGAACCCCGCCACGGGCAAGUGGGACACAUCGCCCACCUCAUCUGCCACUAGGGGUGAAGGACAAGUCGUCGAAGUGGAGGCAUACGACGAGACGGACGAGGCUACGGACCACGAAAAGAACAUUAGGUGGAUUGCGCCCUUCAUUGCAUGCGGUGACCUGUCGGCAUUCGAUUCUGAUGCGUCCUACCAACUGCCCGAGGACCAUGUUUCUCUUGACCCCGUGCAACCGCCAACAGCACCUCCCUACAAGCGCGCCAUCGAACUGAGAAAGGCCGCCGGUGGGGCGUACGGCAAGACCUCCGUCAAGGUCUAG